AUGAAUUAAAAAGAGGAGGAUUUUAUUAAGAGAAUGAAGUUAUAAGAAAAUAAAUUUAUCUUUUUAACUGAAUAAAGCAAAUUAUUAAUAAAAGAAUAAGAUUCAGAAUGUGAACAAUAAAUUAAUUUUCCUAAUCCAGUAUAUGAUGCUAUGUUUUAUAAUGAUUUGUUGAUUGCCUCAAUAAGAAAUAUGCCUGUAAGUAUUUAAAAAUAAAAUAGAUAGAUUGUUAUAUAUAAAAAAGAAGAUAAUGAAUGGAAACAAUCUAUGAGAUUACAUGAUAUUAAACCUAAUUCGGAAUAAUUUUUAGCUCCAUUAGAUAUGAAAAAAUUGAGUGUAAAAAUGAUAAUUUAUUGUAAUAUAGGAAAGUAACAAUAUAAUUGGAUGUGGUAAAGGAUUUCUACACGAGUAUGAUUUAUCUAAAUCAUAGAUCAUAAAUUAUAAAAGCAUUAAAAAUUAUGAAUAUAUAUCAUGUGUAGAUUGUUGUGAGUAAAAUGAAAAUUAUGGUAUUGCUAAGAAUAUACUAUUGUUGGGGUAAUUCAAUAAAAUAAUAAAAAUUGUUGAUACUUAAUAAGAUAAAUAAAUUGCUGAAGCAAAAGUUCAUAUUGGUGGAAUAACGCAUUUAAAAUUUGAUAAGUUGGAUUCAUUAUUUUUUUACUCUUGUGCAAGAUUUGAUGAUUACAUUUAUUAGUGGGUAUUAUCUAUUAAUAAAUAAGGAUUUAAGAAAUACAAGCACAUUUUUGUAAUAUUUUGAAAGAAAGAAUCAAACAAAUUAAAGAAUGAAUUUUGACAUAAAUCGCAAAAGAGAAUUGCUAAUUGGGAAUGAUGAUGGAACUACCUAUGUUUAUAAAAGUGAUUUGAAAAGAUUUGAAUUUUCUAUUUCAAAUUCAUGUGUCCAUUCAAGCGUCAUUCAAGAUGAUGGUUAGUGUUAUGUGAGUUUUGGAUAAAGAACUUUUAAUGAGUAAAAAAUAUUUCAAACCGGAAUAUAAAAUUUCACAAUCAAUUCAUGA